GCGGCUCGGUCAUAGCCAGUGCCACACAUCUCAUACCUGUAUACCACAGAGACUGAAUCCGAUCUUUGAGGCUGACCCUAGUGCGAAAACCCUGUGAUACUCUGCUCUCCAAUACCCCUCGUAUUGGAUUUGCAACCUCUCCACAGAUAUAGUAGUAGUGUGGCACGAAUAUGGCGGGGCCUUGCAUCUGAACCCGCUGCAGUGAUAUACUGUCGAGGCAUUUUGGCUGAAUGGAAGGAACGUGUUGUGCAUAUGUAUGGAAGGAAAGAUGCAUAUGGGGGUGCUUCUGAUGCUUCGACUGGGAAUUUGGAGGGUUGGUACGCUUAUUUAAUAAUAGCCCCCUUGACGUACCGUCAGAAGCUCAGUCAUCGUUGUUCGUACAAUUGUGAGGAGACUGUAUUCGAAUGCCCAGAAAGAAUCAACUCGUAUCCCCUUGCAUUUGUUAGAGCAACGGAUUAGAUGCUUGGUGUACAGUACAAAGAACAAUGACCGUAACUCUCACAAAUUCGAGACGGCGGACACAGCGGGAUGACUUCCUGAUUGGUUGAUUGCCAGCGUGUUCUGUUGCCAAAGUCCAGACGGAAAAACUUUGGCGAUGAUCACGAGGGAUUGAAUAACCAGAACCGGGGAAACAUUUCCCGCGAAUUUUUUGGAACAGCGCUCAGACAAGACUAGCAGGUUGAGCAGCGGUAGCGGUCAAAGGAGUGCUGUGAUGUGUUGUGAUGUGGUCUGUGGGGUAGGCACUUGCAAUUGUAGCAAGGAAAAAUGGCGGGAUCCCCGCGUUGUGAAAUGAGAAGAGACACCAUGGUAUUGCAACUUGUUCUCCUCUCCAUUCUUGAACAUCAACAGCCUCAGGACGGUGCUUCUACUUAUCCUCUCCAAGCUGCCGACCGACCCUCAUCUCGUCAUACACGACAUCACUGCGGAUGCCAAUUGCUCGCAAAGUCGAAUCAUCGCCAGAGCCGAUUUCGCCGAAGUUUGCCAGACAGGCCCAGCACCAGCACCAAACAGGUUCUGAACGUCUGGCCGACGUACAACCUCAACCCGCCCAGUUCCAAAACCCGUUCGAAAAAAGAUUAUCGUGGUGUUGUGCCCUCGUAGCAUUGCCAUUGCAUUGCCAUUGUCGUUGCCAUUGUCGUUGCCAUUGUCAUUGCCAUUGUCGUUGCCGUUGCCGUGUCGGAGUCGUGACGAUAGAGACGCCAUCGCAAUUCCAGUGUACUCGUACUGGUACCUACUCAUACAAGCUUCCAAGUUGGCUGGUAGAGAGCGAUAGCGAUACUUGUAGCAUACUUGUAGCUGCAAGGGCAGCAGUCCCAGUCCUAGUCCACGGGAGCUUCUCUCUAACAAGCUAACACUUACCCGCUACUAACGCCAUAAACGGGAUCCAGCUACUCUGCUACUGCGACUGCGUCAAUUCAUCCAUCACAGUAUCAUCAGCUGGCGGUAGUCAUUAAUUACUACCACCAAACCGUCUCUGGCCUACCAGCCAACCACCCCCAGUACUAACAGUAACCGGGCACUCCGCACUCCGCCCUCCUCCCUCCUCGAGACGGCCCUUUUUUUCUCCGAUCAGCGAAUGGAAAAGCUGGCUCCCCACUACCACAGCCCACUUCCUUUUGUUGCCCCGCAAUGGCAUCAAGCCAUCAUCCCCCUCACCAUCAAUCCACCUCAACGUCGUCUACUACUAGAAUAAAAGCUCGUCGCCGUCCUAGAUCCCCCACAAUCGUCUCGCCGGCUGCUCCCUCCUCUCAUUGUCCUUCUCUACCCGCUUCUCAACCAGCCCCCGAGCCUAUUAACCAGUCUAACUGCAAGCCACACAACUUGUCAUCCCAAAGUCCCAUUGGCUUUGUACGCCUCGCCUCAGUCGCCUUUCUUGCCCUUGUCUUGGUACGCGAUCACGCGCUCCUAGCGGCACCACAUUCACUAAUGUGAUAUCCCCUAGGUCCUCCAGUUUUUAUUCCAGAGAAACAGUCUUCCAAUUACUUUUGUUCGCAGACCCUAUUCCGGCUCUACAUUUUCCCCUCGAAUUGAGCCUACGACUUGCGAAAAUCCACCUCCAUUUCCAACCGAGCCUCCUGUAUCGAAACCUCCCAUAUCAUACAGGAUGGCUCUUCAAGCAGAGGCAAAGCGGAUUGCCGCUGAGUUUGAUUACUCGGAUGCCGAAGUCAAUAAAGGAGUAGCAGAGUUUAUUGCUCAGAUGAGUACGUAAAACAGAGAAUAGACCGGCUGAAGUGAUUUCUGACGAUUGGCACAGAUGAGGGAUUAGAGAAGAAUGCCACUACCAUGAGCCAAAUCCCUACAUACGUUACUGGUGUACCAAACGGAACAGAAAAGGUGGGCUGAUAUCUCAUGUCAGAUAUCCAGGCUAACAAUGUAGGGUCUUUACUUGGCCGUCGACCUUGGUGGAACCAACUUUCGAGUAUGCUCGAUUCAAUUACACGGAAACACAACUUUCAGCAUUGCCCAAUCAAAGGUAGCUAUUCCAAAAGAGCUCAUGGUAGCAAAGACAGCAAAGGAGCUGUUCUCGUUUCUUGCCAAACAGAUUGAGCUAUUUCUAAAGGAACAUCACGAAGAUCAUUUCGACGCACAUAUCAAGCGCCGGCAGACAGCUUCGACACCCGAAGGAUACCGCGACGAGCAUAUUUUCCGAUUGGGAUUCACAUUCAGUUUCCCUGUUCACCAAAUCGGUAUCAACAGAGGCACUUUGAUCCGAUGGACGAAGGGAUUCGAUAUCGCAGAUGCAAUUGGACAAGACGUUUGUGUAUUGUUGCAAAAGGAGAUUGACCUUUUGAAAUUACCAGUCAAGGUUGCAGCUCUAGUCAACGAUACUGUGGGAACCCUCAUGGCUAGAUCGUAUACAUCACCCGGAAAGACUAGCACACUUCUCGGAGCAAUUUUUGGAACUGGUACUAACGGAGCAUAUGUUGAAAAGCUCGCUAAGAUUACAAAACCAAUGGAGGGCGAGUACGACUCGAGUACUGGUCUGAUGGUUGUCAACACUGAAUGGGGUUCGUUUGACAACGGACUCAAAGUGCUUCCAACAACAAAAUAUGAUACUGCGUUGGAUAAGGAUAGUAUCAACCCAGGUAUCCAGAUGUUCGAAAAAAGAGUGUCGGGGAUGUUUUUGGGCGAGAUCUUACGAACUGUUCUCGUCAACAUACUGAAAGACCCAAAGGUGGCCUUGUUUGCAGACGAAAACUCGUCACAAAAUGAUUACUCCACAACAGCAAGCGUUGCGAAAGACUCGGCACUUUACAAGGAUUGGGCAGUUGACAGCAGCAUUCUUUCGGUUGCUGAAAGUGACAACACGGUAGGCUUGAAGACACUACGACAAACUAUUGAGAAGGAUCUUGGUGUUAGGGCACCAAGUCUUGAAGAUGCACAGUUAGUGAAGGAUGUCGCUCAUGCCAUUGCCAAGCGAGCGGCUCGGUUGGCAGCUGUCGCUCUUGCUGGUAUCGUUCUCCAGACUGGACGACUAACUCGUGGAGCUGGACAAGCUCCAGGACCAAAAUCCUCGGCGGCUAUUGUCGAAGAUGUCAAGUCAGGAAAUGUUGUCGAGGCAGUGGCAGCUACAGCAAGCAAACUUGCAAAUGCCGCAGGAUUGGGUACAGACGAAGAAGAGAUUGUAGAUAUUGGUGUCGAUGGCAGCUUGGUCGAGUUUUAUCCUGGAUUUGAAGACUUGGUUCGCGAGACUUUCCGAGCGAUAGAUGGCAUUGGAGCCGCUGGAGAGAGAAGAAUCCGUAUUGGUAUUGCUAAAGAUGGAUCUGGAGUUGGUGCUGCGCUGAUCGCACUUGUGGCUGCGAAGAUGGAGAAGCCAUCAGACUAUUUCAAAGAUCUCAAAAACAAGUUGGGUGAUAUUUCUCCGGAGUAAGAAAGAAUUUUGGAUGGAAGGGGUUUUGAGCUAAGGCUCCCCCAGUUGUUUUUUUGUUUUUGGAUGGGGAUGAUAUGAUUUUUUCCACAUCAUGUCUGUAUUUGAUUCAUCAUGCAUAACAAGGGAUGAGUUUCUGGGAUAACAUUUGGAUAUCGAUGAAUUUAUGAAUCAAUUUUGAUGUCUGUCUUCUUCUUGUUUGCUUGUCUAUGAAGUUAUGCAAGAUCCAAGAAGCUUGGAAAUAAUAAAUGGAAAUUAUGUUACGAUAACCCCUCGAAGUGUGCCGUGAAUGCUUUCUUGGUCAGGCAUUCUCUUGAGGGGAUGAAUGGAAGGUCAUGAUCGUUCCUUCUCAUUUAUUUAUUGGUUCGGGUAACAUGAACACAACGGUCAACAACCACCCCUGAAUAGAAUCCCUGUCCCUGCUGCGUCAUCGUGCGUUUAAUAGAGGUUAUUCAACUUCAUUGGAAGUCGCUCAUCUCUUAACA